CCAGUUCAAGAGGAUGUUGAACAGGGAGCUGUCUCACCUGUCUGAGAUGAGUCGCUCGGGGAACCAGGUCUCUGAGUUCAUCUCCAGCACCUUCUUAGGUAAGACUGACUGACCUUGCUGUUCUGUUAUCAGUACUUAUAACAACAAGUACAAGUACCAAUCCUCCAAGGUUCCCAAACAGUCCCCAAGAGUCAAGUAAAGAAUCUCAAUCACUCAGUCCACAAAAAUGUGCCCCGAAACUGAAACUCCCAAUCCCCAAAAAGCCUCCAAAUCAUUUGGGUAUAGGGCAACACGGAAACAGAAUUACGCUGAGACUCACAUUUUUCACUUUAAAAUGUAUGCUAAACAAAAACCAUUAAUUUAAAGUGUAACAAACCAUACAACUAUAUGCACAAUGACUACUUUCAACAAUUUACACAGUAAAAAAUAAAUAUAAACAUUUACUAGAAAAACUGUGCAGAUGCAAAGUUUGGUAACAGAAUUAUGGUAAAAUCUCCCUCAGUUUUAUACUGUUACCCAACUUUGUAUCUGCACAGUUCUUCCUGUAAAUGUGUUUUUGUAAAAUAAAUCAGUAGAAAUUGUUAAGUAGUCUAUGGUUUGCUAAACUUUGAAAUCAAUGUUUUUUGUUUGGUAUACAUUUUAAAGUGAAAAACCUGAGUCUCAGUGCAAUUCAUGUCGUUUUAUAAAAUUAGACCAUGGGCGACAUGCAUGUGUGUUUUGUUUUGUCAAUGAGGACCAAUCCUAACUUGAGAUCAGGGUGCGUAACUGAAGUCUUCAAAUGACCUCAAUGCAUGAUUAUUGGAGAGUGCGAUCUCAAGUUAGGAUUCAGCCUUCAAGCACAAAAUAUGCUACUUUUUUUAAAAACUUUGUAUAUUGUCUAACAGUCCCUCCUUCUCGUCCUAUAUCUAUCCCCUCCUUCCUUCACUCUUCCCCCAGACAAGCAGCAUGACGUGGAGAUGCCAUGUCCGCAGAUGCAGAAGGAGAGGACGGACAAGAAGAGUGCCAAGCCAAUGUGUCAGAUCAGUAGUGUGAAGAAGCUGCAGCACAGCACCAGCCUCACCAACUCUAAUAUACCACGCUUUGGGGUCAAGACCGGGACAGAGGACAAACUGGCAAAGGUGAAGGAGCAUUUUGACAUUAUAUUUACAUUUCAGUCAUUUAGCAGACGCUCUUGGCUUCUCUUAGCCAGAGUGACUUACAAUCAGGGUAUUCAACUAAGGUAGGUAAAACAACCACAUAUAGGAGCAGUCUUUUGGUUGCGCUUUUGUUUUACAGAGUAAAGUCAAUUAUUUAUCUGGUAUGAACUUGAGGAAGGCACUUAAAGAUGCAGCCGGGAUCUUAAGCACUUACAAAUUCCUAACAUAUUGUACGAAUUGGAAUUUGUAACAUAUGGGUAUAACAUAUGGGUAUAUGGAUAUAAUAUAUGUUGUGGUUAUAAUUCGUAACAUAUCGUGUGGCUCAGUUGGUAGAGCAUGGCGCUUGCAACACCAGGGUUGUGGGUUCAAUUCUCACAGGGGACCAGUAGAAAAUGUUUGCACUCACUACUGUAAGUCGCUCUGGAUAAGAGCGUCUGCUAAAUGACAAAAAUGCAAAUGAUUGGCUUAGUACUCAAUUGUGCAUCACUUUAACCUCUAACUACAUAUAAUAAUAAUACGCCAUUUAGCAGACGCUUUUAUCCAAAGCGACUUACAGUCAUUUUUUUUAUUUAUUAAUUUUUUUUGUGUAUGGGUGGUCCCGGGGAUCGAACCCACUACCUUGGCGUUACAAGCGCCGUGCUCUACCAGCAGGCUACAUAAUGUCCCUGUGAGUUUUGGCUGGGCCUUUAUCUGGACUUUUGUAUUUUUCCCAAGGUGAAGUGUAGCCUGACCUGGACCUCUUCAUUGUUCUAUCAUUCUAUUUUUAUUCUAGGCAUUAUCCCACUGAUCCUUGAUAGUACUUUACGGCACCAUCGUAGCUAGCUAGAGAUUACCACCAGCGCUAGACCAAGUUCUAGUGCUUAUUAAACUUCCAGCACUUAUCACCACUCAAGAUUUAAGCCACAAUCGAUAAAGUUUCUGGUAAUAGGAUGCCUAAAAGGGCAAUCUCUGUAAUGUCCAAUAUAGUGAUAUGGACUAAAUUGAUUCUAUUGAGAUCCAGGUAAUAGGGUAAAAGAGUCACCUAUAUAAUGUUACGCCACAGUGGUUUGCUGAUUGGCAUACGGGGCAUGUGGUAAUACGGGAGAUGGGCUGGAUUCAACCAAACAUGCUAUGUGGUAUGAACACCCAAUCUGUAAAAGUAGCGAAGUAGCUGUGAAGAUACACCCUAUAUUAUUAAGAUGAUACUGGCUUAGGGUUUUGUGUCCCUUAAUUUUCAGUUAGACUGUGCUACAGACAUUGCCUCAUACAUCUUUACUUAGAAUGUGAUUUGAUACAGCGCAGUGCGGAUAAACCUACAGUGUUGUUUUGAUUGAACUCCAGACUAUACCUGAGUUAUUAAUUUUUGUUAUGGGAAAUGUGUAAUUAUGUGUAUUAAUGUAUAUAAUUUCUCCUUAUAGUACACUACAUGGCAAAAGUAUGUGGACACUCCUUCAAAUUAGUGGAUUUGGCUAUUUCAGCCACACCCGUUGCUGACAGGUGUAUAAAAUCGAGCACUCAGCCAUGCAAUCUCCGUAGACAAACAUUGGCAGUAGAAUGGCCCAUACUGAAGAGCUCAGUGAUUUCAACGUGGCACCGUCAUAGGAUGCCACCUUUCCAACAAGUCAAAUUUCUGCCCUGCUAGAGCUGCCCCAGUCAACUGUAAGUGCUGUUAUUGUGAAGUGGAAACGUCUAAGAGCAACAACAGCUCAGCUGCUAAGUGAUAGGCCACACAAGCUCACACAACGGGACUGCCAAGUGCUGAAGCGCGUAGAGCGUAAAGAUCGUCUGUCCUCGGUUGCAACACUCACUACCGUGUUCCAAACUGCCUCUGGAAGCAACGUCAGCACAAGAACUGUUCGUCAGGAGCUUCAUGAAAUGGGUUUCCAUGGCCGAGCAGCCGCACACAAGCCUAAGAUCACCAUGCGCAAUGCCAAGCAUUGGCUGGAGUGGUGUAAAGCUCACCGCCAUUGGACUCUGGAGCAGUGGAAACGCGUUCUCUGGAGUGAUGAAUCACGCUUCACCAUCUGGCAGUCUGAUGGACAGAUCUGGGUUUGGCGGAUGCCAGGAGAACGCUACCUGCCCCAAAGCAUAGUGCCAACAGUAAAGUUUGGUGAAGGAGGAAUAAUGCUCUGGGGCUGUUUUUCAUGGUUCGGGCUAGGCCCCUUAGUUCCAGUGAAGGGAAAUCUUAACACUACAGCAUACAAUGACAUUCUAGACAAUUCUGUGCUUCCAUCUUUGUGGCAACAGUUUGGGGAAGGCCCUUUCCUCUUUCAGCAUGGCAAUGCCCCUAUGCACAAAGCAAGGUCCAUACAGAAAUGGUUUGUCGAGAUCGGUGUGGAAGAACUUGACUGGCCUGCACAGAGUCCUGACCUCAACCCCAUCGAACACCUUUGGGAUGAAUUGGAACGCCGACUGCGAGCCAGGCCUAAUCGCCCAACAUCAGUGCCGACCUCCCUAAUGCUCUUGUGGCUGAAUGGAAGCAAGUCCCCGCAGCAAUGUUCCAACAUCUAGUUGAAUGCCUUCCCAGAAGAGUGGAGGCUGUUAUAGCAGCAAAAAGGGACCAACUCAAUAUCAAUGCCCAUGAUUUUGGAAUGAGAUGUUCGACGAGCAGGUGUCCACAUACCUUUGGCCAUGUGGUGUAUGUUUGGAGGAAAGUGGUGUGUCUAAAACGGGCCAUGAUGUCUGAUUUCAGGAGCUUGAGGACGUCGAUAAAUGGGGCCUUAAUCUUUUUAAAGUCACCGAGCUUUCGGGGAACAGGCCUUUAACAGUCAUGAUGUACACAAUUUUCCAGGUAAGAACGUUUAUACAAAUUUACUGUGUGUGUGUGUGUUAUAUAAGUUUACUGUGUGUGUGUGUGUGUGUGUGUGUGUGUUUUGUGUGUGUGCGCGUGUGUGUGCGCGUGCGAAUGUAUGUGUGAAUAGCAGUCAGUUGAUCCAUUAUUCGGACAUUAUUCUUGAUCCUUUUUGACCAAGUGUCUCAUGUUUUCUCUCAUUUUCAGGAAAGAGAUUUAUUAAAAACAUACAAAAUACCAUUGGACACCUUUAUAACCUACCUGAUGACUCUAGAAGACCAUUACCAUGGUGAUGUAGCCUAUCACAAUAACAUCCAUGCUGCUGAUGUCACCCAGUCCACUCACGUGCUGCUGUCCACGCCUGCUCUAGAGGUAGGGAAUGUACUGUCUCCGUCACUUCAUGGGGGGAACAUUUGUUGGGAGGAUUUGAUACAGUGCUGUCAAUAUGGCCAUCUCUUUUAACUUUUUGGCUUAUGUUUUGUUAAUAUUGCGAGUUUUAAACACAGCAAUUAUAUCUGUUUUUAUAUUUGUCUUUAAAUGUAACCUGAUUUGGGUUCAUUAGGAACAGAAAACGUUUUAAAACAUUUUGCAAUGGAUAACAAAAAUGACAGUUUCUUAUUAGACAAGUCCUGGUAGUCCCUCUCUGUUCCAAUCUGGUUUCUUCCCUUUUGAAUGACCCUGGUUUUGAUGGAUUGAACAGUGAGGUUCAUACAGUCAGAUCGGGUUCAUUGUUUUGUUGUGCUCAUAUAGAUUGUUCCACCUCUUUUCUUCGCAGGCUGUGUUCACAGACCUGGAAAUCCUAGCUGCCAUCUUUGCUAGUGCUAUUCAUGACGUAGACCACCCGGGAGUCUCCAACCAGUUUCUCAUCAGCACCAGUGAGUGGUCUUUCCAGUGCCGUGCAGUUAUGAGCUUUUCUGCCUCCCAUGACAUGCCGUUUUUGCCUUUAUCGCAGUGCUAAUGUAGAUGGCCGUUUUAAGAUGAGCUUUUCUCUUCUGUGUUUGAGUGAUUCUUUUACACACAUAGUGAGUGUCAGAAUGGUUUGCUGCUGACAUACUUAAGCAUUUUAUAACCUCUUUCAAUCCCACACAUGCGCACACGCUGGCACACAUGUAGAGAAGACAGACAGACAGACAGACACACACACACACUUGGAUCCAUCUCUCUGCGGGGAAUCCCCUUCAUUAGACAUGCAGACAGGAGGCGAUGACUCUAUAUCAGUUCAUUGUGGACCACACAAAGAGACUUCUAUCAUUCCCAGACUGUGUGUGCUUGUGCGUGUCUGUCUGUCUAUGUGUGAGUGUGGAUGGACACUCCCUGACUGGGUUAGUAGCCCCAGAGGCAUGCUACUCACAGUCAUAAAACCAUUUUAUAAAGAAGGUAAAGAAUGUACUGUGCAUAAUCUGAGAAACAUGUGACAUACAAUAGAAUACAUACAAUGAUCUGCUAAACAAUGAUCUGCUAAACAUGUGUAUGUGACCAAAACAAGCCUUGACCCCGAUCCGUUUGUGCUGUAUACAAUCAAAAUAUAUAUAUAUAAAACAAAUAUUUGUCACAUACACGUGUUUAGCAGAUGUUAUUGCGGGUUUAGUGAAAUGCUUGUGCUUCUAGCUCCGACAGUGCAGUAAUAUCUAACAAGUAAUAUCUAACAAUUUCACAACAUAUACCCAAUACACACAAAUCUAAGUAAGCAAUGAAUUAAGAAUAUAUACAUAUAUGGACGAGCGAUGUCAGAGCGGAAUGGACUAAGAUACAGUAGAAUAGUAUAGAAUACAGUAUAUACAUACAGUGGGGAAAAAAGUAUUUAGUCAGCCACCAAUUGUGCAAGUUCUCCCACUUAAAAAGAUGAGAGAGGCCUGUAAUUUUCAUCAUAGGUACACGUCAACUAUGACAGACAAAAUGAGGAAAAAAAAUCCAGAAAAUCACAUUGUAGGAUUUUUAAUGAAUUUAUUGGCAUAUGAUGGUGGAAAAUAAGUAUUUGGUCAAUAACAAAAGUUUCUCAAUACUUUGUUAUAUACCCUUUGUUGGCAAUGACACAGGUCAAACGUUUUCUGUAAGUCUUCACAAGGUUUUCACACACUGUUGCUGGUAUUUUGGCCCAUUCCUCCAUGCAUAUCUCCUCUAGAGCAGUGAUGUUUUGGGGCUGUCGCUGGGCAACACAGACUUUCAACUCCCUCCAAAGAUUUUCUAUGGGGUUGAGAUCUGGAGACUGGCUAGGCCACUCCAGGACCUUGAAAUGCUUCUUACGAAGCCACUCCUUCGUUGCCCGGGCGGUGUGUUUGGGAUCAUUGUCAUGCUGAAAGACCCAGCCACGUUUCAUCUUCAAUGCCCUUGCUGAUGGAAGGAGGGUUUCACUCAAAAUCUCACGAUACAUGGCCCCAUUCAUUCUUUCCUUUACACGGAUCAGUUGUCCUGGUCCCUUUGCAGAAAAACAGCCCCAAAGCAUGAUGUUUCCAACCCCAUGCUUCACAGUAGGUAUGGUGUUCUUUGGAUGCAACUCAGCAUUCUUUGUCCUCCAAACAUGACGAGUUGAGUUUUUACCAAAAAGUUAUAUUUUGGUUUCAUCUGACCGUAUGACAUUCUCCCAAUUUUUUUCUGGAUCAUUCAAAUGCACUUCAGACGGGCCUGGACAUGUACUGGCUUAAGCAGGGGGACACGUCUCGCACUGCAGGAUUUGAGUCCCUGGCGGUGUAGUGUGUUACUGAUGGUAGGCUUUGUUACUUUGGUCCCAGCUCUCUGCAGGUCAUUCACUAGGUCCCCCCGUGUGGUUCUGGGAUUUUUGCUCACCGUUCUUGUGAUCAUUUUGACCCCACGGGGUGAGAUGUUGCGUGGAGCCCCAGAUCGAGGGAGAUUAUCAGUGGUCUUGUAUGUCUUCCAUUUCCUAAUAAUUGCUCCCACAGUUGAUUUCUUCAAACCAAGCUGCUUACCUAUUGCAGAUUCAGUCUUCCCAGCCUGGUGCAGGUCUACAAUUUUGUUUUUGGUGUCCUUUGACAGCUCUUUGGUCUUGGCCAUUGUGGAGUUUGGAGUGUGACUGUUUGAGGUUGUGGACCGGUGUCUUUUAUACUGAUAACAAGUUCAAACAGGUGCCAUUAAUACAGGUAACGAGUGGAGGACAGAGGAGCCUCUUAAAGAAGAAGUUACAGGUCUGUGAGAGCCAGAAAUCUUGCUUGUUUGUAGGUGACCAAAUACUUAUUUUCCACCAUAAUUUGCAAAUAAAUUCAUAAAAAAUCCUACAAUGUGAUUUUCUGGAUUUUUUUUUCUCAAUUUGUCUGUCAUAGUUGACGUGUACCUAUGAUGAAAAUUACAGGCCUCUCUCAUCUUUUUAAGUGGGAGAACUUGCACAAUUGGUGGCUGACUAAAUACUUUUUUCCCCACUGUAUGAGAUGAGUAAUGCAAGAUAUGUAAACAUUAUUAAAGUGGCUAGUGUUCCAUUUCUUAAAGUGGCCAGUGAUUUCUAUAGGCAGCAGCAGCCUAUAAUGUGCUAGUGAUGGCUAUUUAGUCUGAUGGCCUUGAGAUAGAAGCAGUUUUUCAGUCUCUCGUCCCAGCUUUGAUGCACCUAUACUGACCUCGCCUUCUGGAUGAUAGCGGGGUGAACAGGCAGUGGCUCGGGUGGUUGAUGUCCUUGAUGAUCUUUUUGGCCAACUCCUAUGGACAAAGAUAUGAACAAUAUUGGCGUGACAAUGACCGUAUAGUUGGCAAGACAGCGCAAACAGAUCUGGGACGAGGCUAGAAAAGAUUGCCUUGCAAGACAAAUUAACUCAGUUCAAGCUAAAUGGUAUUGUAGAUAUAAUGAAGGGUAAGUUGAUUUCUAUUGAAACCUGAUUCAUUGUCUUAGUAUAAGAUUAUACAAUGUUGGGAUUGGACUGUCUGUUCUCUAGGCCGAUUGACUGGGAGCUGAUUUUGAUCCUCAGCAGUUACGCAAUCCUACAGUGAGGGAAAAAAGUAUUUGAUCCCCUGCUGAUUUUGUACGUUUGCCCACUGACAAAGAAAUGAUCAGUCUAUCAUUGUAAUGGUAGGUUUAUUUAAACAGUGAGAGACAGAAUAACAACAAAAAAAUCCAGAAAAACGCAUGUCAAAAAUGUUAUAAAUUGAUUUGCAUUUUAAUGAGAGAAAUAAGUAUUUGAUCCCCUGUCAAUCAGAAAGAUUUCUGGCUCCCAGGUGUCUUUUAUACAGGUAACGAGCUGAGAUUAGGAGCACACUUUUAAAGGGAGUGCUCCUAACCUCAGCUUGUUACCUGUAUAAAAGACACCUGUCCACAGAAGCAAUCAAUCAAUCAGAUUCCAAACUCUCGACCAUGGCCAAGACCAAAGAGCUCUCCAAGGGUGUCAGGGACAAGAUUGUAGACCUACACAAGGCUGGAAUGGGCUACAAGACCAUCGGCAAGCAGCUUGGUGAGAAGGUGACAACAGUUGGUGUGAUUAUUCGCAAAUGGAAGAAACACAAAAGAACUGUCAAUCUCCCUCGGCCUGGGGCUCCAUGCAAGAUCUCACCUCGUGGAGUUGCAAUGAUCAUGAAAACGAUUAGGAAUCAGCCCAGAACUACACGGGAGGAUCUUAUCAAUAAUCUCAAGGCAGCUGGGACCAUAGUCACCAAGAAAACAAUUAGUAAACACACUACGCCGUGAAGGACUGAAAUCCUGCAGCGCCCGCAAGGUCCCCCUGCUCAAGAAAGCACAUAUACAUGCCCGUCUGAAGUUUGCCAAUGAACAUCUGAAUGAUUCAGAGGAGAACUGGGUGAAAGUGUUGUGGUCAGAUAAGACCAAAAUCGAGCUCUUUGGCAUCAACUCAACUCGCCGUAUUUGGAGGAGGAGGAAUGCUGCCUAUGACCCCAAGAACACCAUCCCCACCGUCAAACAUGGAGGUGGAAACAUUAUGCUUUGGGGGUGUGUUUCUGCUAAGGGGACAGGACAACUUCACCGUAUCAAAGGGACGAUGGACGGGGCCAUGUACCGUCAAAUCUUGGGUGAGAACCUCCUUCCCUCAGCCAGGGCAUAGAAAAUGGGUCGUGGAUGGGUAUUCCAGCAUGACAAUGACCCAAAACACACGGCCAAGGCAACAAAGGAGUGGCUCAAGAAGAAGCACAUUAAGGUUCUGGAGUGGCCUAGCCAGUCUCCAGACCUUAAUCCCAUAGAAAAUCUGUGGAGGGAGCUGAAGGUUCGAGUUGCCAAACGUCAGCCUCUAAACCUUAAUGACUUAGAGAAGAUCUGCAAAGAGGAGUGGGACAAAAUCCCUCCUGAGAUGUGUGCAAACCUGGUGGCUAACUACAAGAAACGUCUGACCUCUGUCAUUGCCAACAAGGGUUUUGCCACCAAGUACUAAGUCAUGUUUUGCAGAGGGCUCAAAUACUUAUUUCCCUCAUUAAAAUGCAAAUCAAUUCAUAACAUUUUUGACAUGCGUUUUUCUGGAUUUUUUUGUUGUUAUUCUGUCUCUCACUGUUCAAAUAAACCUACCAUUAAAAUGAUAGACUGAUCAUGUGUUUGUCAGUGGGCAAAUGUACAAAAUCAGCAGGGGAUCAAAUACUUUUUUCCCUCACUGUAUGACAUAACAUGUGUUAGUCUAGCCUAGCUGCCAUGGCAACAAAUAAAUUGGACCCAUCCUUUGGAAUCUGUGUGUGCGUGUGUCCGUGUGUGUGUGUGUUCUUGCCUGUGUGUGUGAUUGUGUGUGUUUGACUUCGCGUGUAAGUGCAAUAGAUAGAGAUAUAUAUUUGACUUGUCUCUGUCAAAUGAGGCAGGGAUUACUCAGAGUAGUAGGCAUUGUGUGUUGUGUUUGCGUGUGCACGCUUGUGCGUGUGUUGUGAUGAGCUCUAGUAAAAGUGUCCCAAGACGUUUGUUUGGCUACUUGAUUCACUUUAUUCAACGUGCAUGCGUGUGGCAGAGAGAGAGCGAGAUACCAGAUGAAAUCUACAAACAGAUACACACUUGCUUCUUUAGAAAUACCUAAUGAAUAUUACCCUGAAAAGUAUUUUACUGUAAUAUUCUAAAUGGCGUCCGAAAAACUGCUUCCUAACCAUGUGCUUUUAUUGUCUUUGUGUUUUCCCUCCAGACUCAGAGCUGGCCCUCAUGUACAAUGACCCAUCAGUCCUGGAGAACCACCACCUGGCCAUGGGCUUCAAGCUGCUGCAGGAAGAGAACUGUGACAUCUUCCAGAACCUGACCAGAAAACAACAUCAGUCGCUCAGGAAGAUGGUCAUAGACAUAGUGAGUGGGUUGGAUGGGUGGGUGGAUGAACCUAGCUAGUGAAUGGAUUAAUUAAUUAAUGAGUGAGUGAUAUAAAUAUUGCAAAAUAUUUGUCAAAUGAGAGUGAGUGAGUUCCAGCUUAGCACCCAAUUGAACUAAUCCAACAUGUUGCUGUUUGUCCCUGUAGGUACUAGCUACUGACAUGUCCAAGCACAUGAAUCUUCUGGCGGACCUGAAGACCAUGGUGGAGACCAAGAAAGUCACCAGCUCUGGAGUGCUACUACUAGAUAACUACGAUGACAGGAUACAGGUUGGCUGCUACUUCACAUAUCGCCACCCUGCAGGCAAAACUGGUCGCAAUGACGUCUUUUGUAAUGUCAUGGUCAGGUUGUAAACUGUCUGUAAAAAUACUAGGGCUGUCAAAUGAUUAAAAUCAUUAAUCACAAUUAAUCGCAUAAAAUUCUGUAGUUAAUCGUGAUUAAUCGCACAUUUUGUAUUUGUUCAAACUUGGUGCUAAAUAAAGAUGUUUCCAUUUUUUUUUAAAGCAGUGUAUUGAGUUAAAGGCAUGUAGGGACUGAAGCACAAAAAAUAUUCUGUAUCAGAAUGUAUUUAAUGGCAUAUUCACCAUAAACAAGUUAAGCAAUACAAAAGUCCUGAAACUUACAAACCCUCCCAGUAGGCCUACUCCCUAAUUCAUUUUCUUGAAGUUCACACACCCACACCCACACCCAGACACACACACACUGUUAAAGCUUCAACCAUUCCAAAUGAUUGUUCUCCCAAUUACUGAUUGGAGGGUUGGCUAUAAGAAAAAAUAACUGGCUCUAUGGAUACAAACAACAAAGAGUAUAAACCUGUCCAACAAUGUCAUGAAUGUAGCUCAAUUGGUAGAGCAUGGCGCUUGUAACGCCAGGGUAGUGGGUUCGAUCCCUGGGACCACCCAUGCGUAAAAAUGUAUGCACACAUGACUGUAAGUCGCUUUGGAUAAAAGCAUCUGCUAAAUGGCAUAUAUAUAUAUAUAUAUAUAUAUAUAUAUAUAUAUAUAUAUAUAUAUAUAUAUAUAUGAAUUCCACAGAGCAUAAACCUGUCCAACAAUGUCAUGAAUUCCACAGAACAAAAACCUCUGACCGUACACUUCAGUCGUCCUAUUUCUUUUCACUGAGCCAGUUGCAAAGACAAACAAGCCUGUUCACAUUUUCAAAUGAUAAAGCUGCUCUCUUCUUCUGUACGAUAUACCCAGAGAGUGAAAACAACCUCUCACAAGGUACUGAUGUGGCAGGCAUUGCCAGGUACCUUCGUGCAUUGCAGGCCAGCCUUGUGUGUGCCCCUGCAUGCUGUGACCACCACUGUAGUGGACCAUUCCUCCACUCAGAAGAACUCAACAAGAGGGCAGCUUUCUUCUUUGGUGGCUCUGACUCGGUUGCUUUACCAGGUUGCUGUGCAGGCCUCUCUUCCUUCAGCAAGUUGCUGACCAAAGCCCACACUUCACCCUUCUCAGGUCUGGGAAGGCACUUCAGGUCCUUAAACCUUGGGUCGAGUGCUGUGAUGAUCUUCAGUUAUGUAAGGUUGGUGUUUUCCUUGCGUUUCUCGAGGUCUGUUGUGAAUGUCAGCUUGAAUCUUCCCACGUAGGCAGGGUCAUCAUCGGAGCUCUCCAUCACCCGACAUGACACAAAGCAGGCAACACCACUGAGCAGGAAAUGUACUUCUCUCCUCCCAGAAGUUCAGUCAAGUACCUGCAGUGGAAGAUAAUUCAAAAUCACUUCAGUCAAUUGUGAGAGACUUGUUAUACACAGAUACAUUCCCUCACUCACACAAAUACAUACUCUCUCUCUCACACACACACUUUACUCUCUCUCUCUCUCUCUCUUUCUCUCUCUCACAAACACACACACACACACACGUUACACUCUCUCUCACACACACACACACACUUUACACACUCUCUCUCUCUCUCUCUCUCUCUCUCUCUCUCUCUCGCUUUCUCUCUCACACACACACUUUACACUCUCUCUCUCUCACACACACACACACACACACACACACACACUUUACACACUCUCUCACACACACUUUACACUCUCUCUCUCUCACACACACACACACACACACACACACACACACUUUACACACUCUCUCUCUCUCACACACACACACACACACUUUACACUCUCUCUCUCUCUCUCUCUCUCUCUCUCUCUCGCUUUCUCUCUCACACACACACUUUACACUCUAUCUCUCACUCUCUCACACACACACUUUGCACUCUCUCUUUCUCGCUCUCUCACACACACAAACACACUUUGCACUCUCUCUCUCUCUCUCACACACACACAAUCAUAUUAUAACAUUAAUAGUGUGAUUAAGAAGAUAACCUGCAGGGCUCCAGUAGUGUUUCCAGCUUCUGCAGUUUCUCCAGUUCAGCUGUGGUUGGCAUGGAGAUGUUUGUUUUCUGUUGGGGCCAGAGCAUCUCUCAGUGGUUGUUGGUUUCUGUGGACACGCUUUACCAUUUCCAGAGUGGAAUUCCAUCUUGUUGUGACAUCUUGUGCUAGUGACCCAUUUGCAACUUGCUGUUGUCCUAGCUCUGCAGCGUUUGGUGGGCUGUGUUGGAAAUGCCCAACAUUUGUUCAGCAAAAUCAGCUCCCUGUUCUGUAGGGACACUGUGAUGGACCUUUGGAGACUGUGCGCGGUGUGCGCGGUGCAGGGCAGGUGUUCAACAGGCAGAUGUCACGCAGCUGCAAUCAUGUUCCGUACACUGUCUGUGCAAAGUGUGGUAACCUUGUUUUCAAUGUUCCACUGCUUUGCUACAUCCAUGAAAUGCUUGGUGCACGUUUCAGCAUAGUACCUCUCUUCUGUCUUCAUUACGGCCAGAGCGUGUGAAUGCAGUUUCCAGUUUUCAUCGAUGUGGUGCGCAAUAACCCCAAGCUAGUUGUAGUUACUCACUGAAGUCCAGUGGUCUCCCAAGAGAACAACAGACGUAGCAUGUUUCAACUCCUCCGCUUUCGUAGCCCUCUCGCUUUCAUACAGAUCGUGUGUUCUUGUAACAACGGUGGCUCUCGAGGGUAACUCAUACGUUGAGUUGUUUGAUGCGAUCCGAAUGAUAUCCCUCAAGCCUUUGUCCUCCACAAUGUGGAAGAAGAGGACUGGCCACCCCUCAUAGCCUGGUUCCUCUCUAGGUUUCUUCCUAGGUUUUGGCCUUUCUAGGGAGUUUUUCCUAGCCACCGUGCUUCUACACCUGCAUUACUAGCUGUUUGGGGUUUUAGGCUGGGUUUCUGUACAGCACUUCGAGAUAUUAGCUGAUGUAAGAAGGGCUAUAUAAAAUAAAAUUGAUUGAAAAUUGAUUGAUUGAUGUGGAUUGGCCUGCAAACUGUAGCUAUCCACUUGGCUAUAGCUUGUGUUAACUUGCUGCUCGUCGACUUGUCCACAGGCCUCCCGUGCGCACACUCUUCUAGCUUAGCCUGCCGAAGAUGUCCUCCAUUGCUACUAGUAACGUUACUUGUAUUGCCGGCGUCAGCGGUGUGUUUCGCUUGUUAAUGAUAACGAAGACUCUAUGUACUUCGGUGAUAAACAAAUUCAGCCUUGUAGUUGAUGCAAAUUACUUUGGUUUUAUCCAGACAGCCAUCUGGGAGGGUUUUGAAAUUGAAUUUUCCGUUUAAAAGCCCCUUACAGCAUUCUCCACCAUUCAGUCAUAUAUGUAGAUAGCUAGUAAAGUGGUUGUCAAACUAGCGCAUAGGCUGCCGGGGCUUGAAUUUGAACUAUGGAUUGUUCAGGGGGUCAAACUAAAAACAUACGUUAAUUUUGUGACCACAAAACUACAUCUUUACCUGACCCUCUCCCGCUCUCCUUUCCUCUCUCUCCUUCUCAAUUUCUCUCUUUCUCUCUCUCACUCUCUGUUGGUGUCUGCAGAAUGUUUUAUGUGCAGUUGAUGAUGCGAGAGGUUUGCAGUUGACCUUUUAACAAUUUCUUAUUUUGCAGGUUUAUAUAUGUGAGGACUGAAAUGUGAUGGUUGUUAAUGUGUUUGUAUAAAGGGGAUUUUCAAUUCUAAUUCUCUCUCCAGGUACUCCAGAACAUGGUGCACUGUGCAGACCUCAGUAAUCCCACCAAGCCCCUGCAGCUGUACCGCCAGUGGACCGACCGCAUUAUGGAAGAGUUCUUCAGCCAGGGGGACAGGGAGCGAGAGAGAGGCAUGGAGAUCAGCCCCAUGUGUGACAAACACAACGCCUCUGUACAGAAGAGCCAGGUAAAUGUGGUACACACAUAUAGUAUAUGUACAUGUGCACAAGAGCGCACACACACACACACAAAGAAAGUCAAUAUCUGGCCUGAUAGACAAUUUAUUUAAGUACAAACACAAGCUGAUAUACAUUUUCUCUCCAGGUGGGGUUCAUCGACUACAUCGUCCACCCUCUGUGGGAGACGUGGGCUGACCUGGUGCACCCUGACGCCCAGGACAUCCUGUACACUCUACAGGACAACAGGGAGUGGUACCAGAGCACCAUCCCCCAGAGCCUCUCGCCCACCCUGUACAAAUCCGACCACAGCAGCAGCCGCCCUCCUGGGGACAAAUUCCAGUUCGAGCUCACACUGGAGGAGGACGAAGAGACGGACACGGAGAAAGACAGCGUGAGUCAACCAGAGGAGGGGCAAGAGGAGGAGAAUAGUUGUGACUCGAAAUCCACAGAGAUCCCGUUGAACGAACAGGUGGAAGAGGAGGAGGAGGAAGAGGGUGAAGGGCGACGCCGGGUACCGAGUAUGGCGGAGGUGGAGGGAGAGGGGGAAGGGAAAGAGGAGGGCGAGGAGGAGCAGAGAGCGACUGACACAUAG